AUGGAUGAAUUAUUAGUAAAAGCUGGAUCUCAGGCUGUAUCGUUUGCUAUUAAAUCUGGGGUAUCGGUAGCUACUACCUAUGCGAUUUCUACAAUCACAAAAAUUAUUAAAAAGGAUAAAGACAGGAUUAAUCAAAGCGAACUAACUAGGAUAGAAAUUUUGAAAAGUCAACUAGAAGCAAGAAUUAACAUUGUAUCCUCCGCAAUUGAUCUUAUUAAGCUUGUUGCGGUAAGGGGAAAUACAAAUUUAGAUAAUACAAUAAAACUAACAAGCUCUUUAAAGAUAGAGCUUGAUACAUUUGAUGAGAAACUAUCUGAUUUAUAUAAUAAAAAGAAUGGAGAAGAAGAAGAUAUUAUUACUAAGAUUGAACAGUAUAUCCAAGAUUUAUUAAAGAGAAUCGAAGAAAUAACACCAUUUAUUAAUCUUUCACUAACUACAUCCGGUGCUAAUUUGUCAACGAUUUUACCUCAAAAUGUAUCAACAAAUUUGUUGCUAAAUGCAACAUCCUUGAUUAAUGAGGCUAAUAAUAAGAUGAAAUCUAAUCUGCAUAAAUUGCCAAUCAGAGUUGGACCUAUAUUCCAAUUAACAUUAUACUCUAUUUUUUACAAUGCAUCAAAUAAAAGUAAUAAUUCCAAUAAUUCUAAUAUUAUUUGGAAAGAGGAAAUAAAAAGAUGCAAUGUAAGUAUAACUCAGGAUCCAAAUGAGUAUAUAUAUAAAUUAAAUAUUAUUCAAAAUUUGAAUGAUGACAGAUAUCAUGAGGAAACAGAUGACGAAGAAAAUAAGAAGCAAAAGAUAUUUAUUGAAAUAAAAGAUAUAUUAAAGCUAUUUUUCAGCGUAUCUGGUAGACUACUUAAAUUGGAUGAUGAUAAUGAGGAUUCCCCUGUAUUAAUUGUAAAAUUCUCUAAACUAAAUGAUAAAGAUACGCCUAAAGAAGAUAAAACUGUUGAAUGGUAUGGCUUGAGUGUUUAUGAUGAAUUCCCAGAUGAGAUUGACAAUGAAACAGAUAAUGAAGAUAAAUCUUUAGAUUCGACUAAAAAUAGAGAUACAUCUCAAGUAAAAAACAGGAUAUCAUUACUAGAAUAUUUAAUUAGAUUAGUUGCAUUACAAGAAAAUGAUAACAAUGAAAUUUUAAAUAUUAAAGAUGAAAGACUCUCAUUAUAUUUGAAUGACGAAAAUAUUAAUAACUCUAUUAAAAAAGUUAAUAAUAAACAAGUUAUUGAAACAACAGAACAAUUUAAAAAAUUACAGCUGUAA